AUCUGAUAAACACGUAUACAUAGGUAUCUAGUUUGUCGAGAUUGUAAAAUUGUCGAUUAUCUUGCCAGCAAAUGGACGACGGAAUCUCCAUACUGAACGCAAGUGGCUCUUCACAAUACGUUACACGGAGCAGCAGGCAGAAGAUGGAGGCGUCGGCUAGCGCUGCGUCGCCUGUGAAUCCCCACGCUGAGUCACCUCGAGCCAUCGGAGAGCCAACGACCGUUGCGAUGAGUCCGUCCACCCCCACUGAGAACGACGUGGCGGAGGUGGAGAAGGAGAAGAGUCCAGUAGCGGAGCAAACGGAGCUCCAGAAGCCGCACGAAGAUGGCGCCGAGUCCGACAAGGCGCGAACAGACAGUGACGAUGAGGACGAGGAGCCGCCGCUUAAGCAGCACGAGGUGGUAGCACCCGUUCAGGAGCCCACAACGCCCGUGGAAGCCCCAAAGACACCAGUUGAUGAACCAACGACCCCCACAGAAGCACACCCAGAGCCUACAACGCCCGUGGAAGUUCACUCAGAGCCUACCACACCUGUGGAGCUCCCUCCUGAUCAGACAUAUGAGGACGAUGUAGUGGAAAAGGAGCUGAUUGUACAGGAUGAGGUUACAGCGUCUCCACCAUCGCCAUCGUCCCCUAAUGCUGAGCCUGUCGGUAUUGAAGAAAUGGACAAAUUACAGGUACAGGUUCACGAAGUGGAGCUGAAAGUACAGGAGCAGGAAGUCCAGUGCCACGAGGUGGAGCUGGUGAUCCCAUCACCGAAACGUCCGACCCCACUGAACUUAGUGCAUCAUGAUAUUGACGACGAGGCGAGCGACAGUGAUGAUCAGGAAGCAGUUGGAGGUGAAGACGACGAGGAAGGAGCCGACCUGGGUACACCUCUCGGUUACGGCGGCGCUGCAGACUUUGGUGAGGGUCAGGACGAGUUUACUUCGCAUCGCUUCUUGGGUCCAAGUGUGGCAGGUGACCCGGCUUCAGUUCGUUCGUUGCACAGUUUGCGUCGCGUUGCUCUCCACGAUAAGCCACCUCGCUUCGUGAGCGAAUCGUCAGUGAUCGCAGCGAGCUCAGGCAGUGUCACUAGUAGCGGCGAGUCUUCGGGCCGGAACUCGUCGAGCGCAAGCGCGAUCCACGCUCCAGACUCCAAGUCUGGACUACGUUCGCAGUCUGAGGCAGACUUUGUGGAACGCCCUCUCAACACAUACACUCUGACGUUUUCAGAGCCAGUUUUGGGCUUCAACACGAAUGUCGUCGUGUCUUUGGAGAACGAGCUAUUGGUCGAGGUCGAGAGUGUGGAGAAGGAAAGUCCUGCACAGCGUGGCGGUGUGGUAGUAGGCGACUAUUUGAUCAGUGUGAAUGGCCAGCACAUUGAACCGCACAUGACGAAGGAGCAAGUGCUUGAGAUCAUUCAGACGUCUACUGUACCGCGUACGCUCGUGUUCCAGCGUGACUUGCACGAUAAGGAUGCUGCGCAGUCCAAAAGUUUGCCGGAUAAGAAGCAUUCACCUGCAAAGCCACUUAUGGGGCGUCUCGGUGCAGCUAUGAGUCAAGGAGCGUCCAUUAUUGGCUCGAAGUGGAAGCGCAAGAAAACGAUCGUGCAUCAGAACUCGUUCUGCGAUGGCUGUGGUAUGGACCCGAUCGUGGGGGCGCUGUGGACUUGCAGCGUAUGCUCAAAUUACAAUUUGUGUAGCGAGUGCUAUGAUCUGGGUACGCACGGCAUGGAGAACACGGAACAGAUGCAGGCGCUGAGCGAGGCCAUCGUGCAGUAUAAACUACAGAAGAAGUGCAAGCAGUUCACGCCCGAAUUCCUCCUGUCACUUCGCCGUGAUAUUUGCAAGGGACGACCGGAUAAGUUUGAGUAUCUUGGCGAGUGGAUUGCUAAUAUUGUGGUGGGUACGGCUGCAGCCAAAAUCACAGUGCGGGGUAUCGAGAUCCCAUCGCUUCCGCCUGCGGCUCGCCAGCGAUUCGUGUCAUAUUUGAUGCCGCUGGUGUCUAACCGAACCGAUAUCGAGGUGAAUAUUGAGUGGCUGCCGGACGAAGUGGAUCAAAUCAACGCCGCAGGUCGUGCGAGUGUAGAUCGAAUGAGUGCUGGCGCGUAUGGCAGCGGCGAUGAAGAGGGAUACGAUGGACCUACCGAGAACCUAGAGAAGUUGCGCAUUUGGAUCUCCGACAAGAAGACGCGUACCACGUCGCCGUUUGCGUGAGAAAAGCAGCCGAAGUUAUUUGCAUGUGGUGACGUGGGAAGCAAAACAGACAAGGCAGGCGUGUUGAGAAUAAUGAGGGCUCCAAGCAGGACACAUUUAAGUCAUUUUAUCAAGUCCUACCUAGCGAGCGUAACACUCCGUCAAUAAUUAGUUAGAGCCUUUUGUAAAGAGCCUCUGGCAUUCGUGUUCCA